AUGGCGGUUAAUCGCCGACAGAUACCUCAGCACCUGGUGUACCCUGAACCAGGCAAAUACAGCAACCCCCACACGAAGCUACAGAGGCUCGAUGCUGUGCUGAUCCAAUCAGUGCAGACUGGCACUCUGCUGGCUCAAGCAAAAGCUGCCCUCAUCAAGUUUGGGGAGCCGGCGAGACUGCCCGAACUGUCCUCACUGCUCCUCCACGAGAAGCCUUGCACCAGUACAUGGUCCUACUGGCACUGCUGCACUUGGCUCCAGUUCCUGGACGUGCCGGAUGCGUCCAGUGCCUUCCUGGGUUCCCUGACGGGCGAGGCCGUGACUUGGGGGACACCGCCGCGGUGGCGUGUCUGCUUGCGCCUGGCGGAGCGCACCCUGCCCAACCUGAUGCAGGUGGCCUACGAACAGGUCUUCAAGGGAAGCCCCAUCUUUGAUGAAGUCAUGGGGGACAUCAUGGUGGAUGAAGUGCGUAAUGGCCUUGUAGAGUUCAUUGACAGUCUGAGUAUUUUGGAUGCCUGGUCCAAGAUCAUUGCCAAGAUUAAAGUUCGGGACACCAAGGUCUACACCUUCUAUCCCAUCGUUCUGGCUGACCCCAAGAACUUGAAUGCAUAUGUCAAGAAGCUGGAACGAAGUGUCACCUGGGAAGGAGACAUAAUCGAGUACUACAUACGGCUUCGAGGCUUUCUGGCACAGAUGAAGGAGCAGGAUGAGACCCUAAAUUUUUUUCUGCCUAGGUGGAAGCACUCCAUCUUCGACCCAGAAUGCGUUUACUACCCACGGAGAGAUGUGGUGUAUGUUCCCGUGGGUUUCUUUAACCUUACUGUUCCCACAAGCCCAGGAGAGAGGAUGUUCCACGUUCCACGUGCUGGGCCACGGCUCAUUGGCUGCUUCUUCAGGGUCAUUUUGGAGAACACUGGCCUGUACAAACCGGAGGGCCUCUGGUGGACAGAGGCGACGCGGGCCGCUUUCCAGGAGAGCAUGGCCUGUCUUGAAGAAAGGCGCAACCAGAUGGUUUUCCAACACAGAGGGAUCGAUCUGCACGAUGUGAGCAGGCGCCUCAACUUGCAAGGUCUGAGUGACAUUGAGGACAACGUAGCUGUGCGUGUCUCGGUAAAGGUGUUUGACUGACCGGCUGUUUACAAACCGGUACCUCAACCGAGGACUACAGGCUUCCUGGAGUAGAGCACUUAUCCUCCCGCCAGCUUUUCUUCAUCUACCUUGCCAGGAGUCACUGUGAGGCUCCUUCAGUUGAAAGAAGCAUUGAAGACAUCCGCUGCUCAUACAAGAGCAAAGGAAGAUACAGGACAAACCUGGCCCUGAGCAACAACCGUGAAUUCACCGAUGCAUUUCAAUGUGCCUCUGGCACAGAGAUGAACCCCACGACACAGUGCUCAGUCUGGAGCUGAAGGGUCAUCUCCAUUAUUUAUUUUUAUAAAUCUAGCGAGGUUUAAUAAAAUAUGCACUUGCUCUGCUAUACAGAUGGCAUAAUCAGCAGUGCAUAUAUGCUCUCUCGUUUGCUUGCUCAAUCUUUGUGUUUGUUGAUGUUUUCUCAUAGCUAACAGCCAUGAAAAAAGUAGUUUACAUUGCUGUGAUUUGUAUAGGAAGCUAUAGAUGUGCUCUGGAAACUUGUGGACACCAUUUUACAUUGUAGGCAGCUAGUAUAUGUGGGCCAUCCAUGUUUUAUUGUAAGUGGUGGCAAUUUACAGUGGCAGCUAGACCACAGAACAGCAUGUCGUCUUUCUGGCAAUGUAGCCUGGGGAGUUCCGCGAUCACACCUGGCCUCUCAUCACCUUCCUUGGCUGCCAUCACAAGCAUCCGCUGCUAGCGCCGCUAAAGGAGCUUGCCCCCGCUUGAUAAACAAGGAAAUACGGAACAUGGUGCGAAAAGUGCUAAAUGGCAUGCAAUAACUAUGUUAUGGAAGCAGCACUAGUAGUGCCACUACAGCAUUGUUAGGGUAGUACACAUCUGUGUGCUUGGCAAGGGAUAUCUGUGUUGAACAACUGAUAUCCAUGUCCACUCGAGC